AUGGUGAUCCGACCUGCAACCAGAAAACGUGCCGACUCCGAAACUGACAAUGGAGACAACUCUCUGCGGAAGCGAAGCCGUGUGUAUUUGUCACCCACGCCCAGUAAUGAAUGCGUGGUGGGUUUCCUCACUGGCGGUGAAAGCACUGCGGGAACCAGUGCAACAACUUCAAGCAGGCAUAGUGAAUGUGCCGAUGAAGGCAGUACUCUCAGUAGUUAUAACGGUAGUGAGGCCAGCGCUGUUGCUGAAGGCUUCAGUGACGGUGACUGCGGCGACGACAGCUCGCAAUGUGGCGGAGGUUUUAGUGGUGAGGUGUGGUUACGUCUUAAGAGGGCAGUGGUUGGCAAACCGCUUAGUAUGCGCGUGUUUCAGCGUGAAUUCAAGUCGGGUGACAUAUACAAGUACUAUCGGAGAAAUGAGCUAAAUAAACUAAUGGCCGCACUGAGGGAUAUUUUGGAGGAGCAUGGGGAAUUGAGGCUUGCGGCGACGGUAGACAACAAAAGCCGAAUGAAGGAUUUGGCGGCUCAGGGAGCUUCAGCAUUAAACUGUUUCUUUGCUUCGCGGAAAGAUGCUGGAGGUGGUGCUACACAAGUGAAAGAUGCUCACUCCGCAACUACACCACCACCACCACCACCGACAGUUACACCGCUUAAGCACAAUGAGCCAUCGGGUGCGAAGGCGUCAACCAGUUUCCCCCCUUCCACAUCUAAUAAUAACGCAGCUCCAGUAAGACAUCGCUUGAAAUACCAACUACCACGUGGGGUGGGGAAUGCAGCUGUUGAAAUCUUGUCUCUGCCGCUUGACGACAACCUUCCCGUUGAAGCCAUAAACGAAGUCAGUUCCCCUUUCCACCGUGUGCUACACGUAGUAAUGAAAACGCAGCUGUGUUUUGGUAGCGCCAAUCACUCUUUUGAAGUUCCUCAGCAGUAUUUGGAGGGAGUGGCGUCAAGACGGCUUCGUCUGCACGUGGUACCCUUCCGGCCGCCAUUUAUUCCCAUGUCGUGGCCGGUAAUAAAGGAAAUUGCGGUAACAGUGAACGGCCAAGCGGUCAUGACAAUGUGGAGGCGGCGGUGGCCCGAGCGGCGGAAGGAAGUAACCAAAACCCUUCUUCCUUUGGAUAUAACACAAUUUUUGAAUAGAAAUUGCCACACUCAGGAGCUUGGAUUUGUUGUGACCUCAAAGGAGUACGUUAGUCAGGUGGCAUUGUUGGUAGUUCAGUUGGUACCACAAGAUGAGGUGAUGAAUAGUAUCGUUACGCCGUUAUGCAACCCGCAGAAUAUGCGCGAUGCUAGUUUGUACGCCAUGUACCGUAGCGUGUUAGAGGACGAGGAAAUGUCAAAAGAUGAGAUGGUAGUGGACAACCCCGUCAUCACAACGAAGUGUCCCAUUUCUCAAGCACGCAUUAGCAUUCCAAUCCGUGGUGCCCAUUGUGCUCACCUUCAAUGCUUUGACUGUCGCUCCUUUCUUCAGGGUUGUCACAGUGGAUGUUACUGGAACUGCCCACUUUGUGACUCACCGCUUGCACCCCGUGACAUCCGCGUUGACACCGUGUUGCUGCGGUGCUUGCAACAAGCAGGUGAGAAAUGCCCCGCGUACCUUCAACUUGUCAGGAACGACAGGGAGGCAAAAGCUGCAGUUCACACGGCAAGCACAGCGGAAACGGAUGAAGACUAUGUUCCAUUUCGGUGGGUACCUAAGAAGAGUGUUAGUGGUGUUGUAGAUGUCGUUCUUGACGAUGACGACGAGAGCAGCAAUGAUGUAAAUAAACCACUCAAGCCUGUAGUUGCAUGCGGCGGGUCCAGCGAUUCCUUUUUUGGUUUGGCGGAACUUGGCGCCGACUCGUCCGAUGACGGGGAGGCGUUUGUUGUUUACAGACGAGGGAGGGUGGGGGGUAACGUUGGAGACUAUGGAAGUAGGGCGUCGCAGGAUGGUGAUGUUGGCAGAGGUUUGCGGUUGGGGACGGCGGAUCAUCCCAUUGUGUUGUAA